AUGCAUAUUCUUACAAGAGCAGAGGAGGAAUACUUAUUCAAGACCUUAAAAGCGAAUGCACUCAAGGAAUGUGAUCCUAUUGUUAAAGAAUUUGUCGAAUGUACGCAUGGAAAAUUGGUUACUGUCCUCUGGGGCUGUAGGGCACAGCAUAAAGCUAUGAACAAAUGUCUAAUGGCGACAACGCAAGCAGACAUGGACAAACUCAAGAUUCAAUAUCUCAACGACCUUGCUGAAGGGAAAGUCGACCAUGCUAAGCUACAACGGGAGCAGAAGCAAAAGGAAGAAGAGCUCAAAAAGAAGGCCAAGAGCCAUGGCCCUGGCGUCCACUAA